AUGUCCAUUAAUCAUCCCAUUUCUUCUUCGUCUUCAACGAUUGCCGGCUCGGAGAUCGAGGCGGCAAGAUUCAAUCUAUCCGAAUGGGUCGAGGCCAAACUGUUCGGGAGUGUUGACCAAACGAAAACCAUCAAUCAUAGUUAUGAGGGGAACGGGACAGAAGAGGCACCAUUCAUUGUAAGAUUUAUGCCCGAUGAUCCGCAGGACGCCACAACUUUGCCUAGAGGCAAGAAAUGGAUGAUCACUCUUCUUCAGGCAGCGGCAACUUUAGCGCUCACCUUCGCAAGCUCGGCAUAUUCUGGCGGCAUUAGGGAAAUCAUUGGUAGUUUUCAUGUGUCGCAAGAGGUCGCGACCCUCGGCGUCUCAAUCUUCGUCCUUGGAUUCGCCGUUGGGCCGCUUAUUUGGGCUCCUCUGUCGGAGUUGUAUGGCAGGCGGAACAUCUUUAUCAUCACUUUCAUGGUUUUGACAGUGUUCAACGUUGGUGCGACCUGCGCAAUGAAUAUUCAGACCUUGCUCACCCUUCGGUUUUUCGCCAGCGCUUUUGGGUCUUCCAUUUUAACCAAUGCUGGCGGCGUGAUCGCCGAUAUGUUUGAUCAGUCUGAGCGUGGGCUCGCGACAAGCAUCUUUGCCAUGGCUCCAUUCAUGGGACCGGUUAUCGGACCUAUUGUAGGUGGCUUCCUUGGGCAGGCGGAAGGCUGGCGAUGGCUCCAUGGCCUUUUCGCAAUCUUCACGGGAGUUCUAUGGAUUCUAGGCAUCUUUCUAUUCCCCGAAACAUACGCACCCUUCACUCUUCGCCGUCGUGCCGCUAUGCUAUCCAAGAUCACAGGAAAAGUAUACAUUUCGACACUGGAUGCUGGUCAGCCACCGAAAUCGAUUCAACACCAACUCAAGACAGCCCUAACACGUCCAUGGAUUCUGCUGUUCAAGGAACCCAUUGUCUUCCUGAUCUCACUCUAUCAUUCGAUCAUAUACGGCACACUUUACAUGUGCUUUGCAGCUUUCCCAAUCGUCUUCCAGAUAGGACGAGGCUGGAGUCCUGGUAUCGGGGGGUUAGCAUUCAUUGGAUCUGCGGCUGGCGUUUUAGCCGCCACACUGAUGUCGAUAUUCGAGAACAAUCGGUAUUCUCGUCUUGUAGUUUCGCAGAAAGGCUCAGUAGACCCUGAAGCUCGACUUCCUAUGGGGUUGAUUGGGUCCAUCUUCAUCCCCAUAGGCUUCUUUUGGUUCGCUUGGACGACAUUUCCAACCAUCCAUUGGGUUGUCCCAAUUAUCGGGACCAGCUUCUUCUCUUUUGGCCUCGUGUCGGUUUUUCUGUCCCUCACAAACUACUUGAUUGAUUCUUAUGUCGUUUUCGCCGCUUCGGUCCUGGCCGCUAAUUCAGUCCUGCGAUCGUUAUUUGGUGCUGCUUUCCCGUUGUUCACUCGGCAAAUGUACGACAGGCUCGGGAAUCAAUGGGCUAGUUCCAUCCCAGCUUUCCUAGCUCUCGCCUGCGUCCCUUGUCCUUUCUUGUUCUACAAGUACGGUGACAGGAUUCGGAUGAAGUGCGAAUAUGCAUCCGAAGCCGCGAGAGUCCUGGAAAAGAUUCGUGCGCAACACGUUUCGACUACCGAGGAUGAAGCUGCAGUUGAAGCCGAAGAGAUUUGGAGAGCGAGGUCUCAAGUCAGUGCAUGCUGA